ACUACAGGGGCGGAUGCGGAAGCGGCAGGCAGUACUCGGCCCCGGAAGGGGUCGGGGGUCGUCGGACCCAUAUGGCGGCGGCGCGGAGGAGGCACGUGUUUGUUGGAAAAGUGCUGAAGAGACUGUUCCCUCGUGAGCCGUGUGACCAGGACGAGCGUGCGCCACCGCCGGCCGCCCCCGAAGCCCCUCCGGAGAGAGCCAGGUGCCGGCGCGUCCCCCCGGUGGCAGGUGGCGGCACUGAGGCCCCGCCCGGCAGGAAGCUCUACACCGUGGCUCUGCCGCCCGAGGGCUAUGUCCCCGCCCCCACGCCGCAGGAGCUCCCGGGCGGCUCGGGUUCCGAGAGCACCUGCAGCAGCGAGGAGGACGCGGGAGAUCAGGAUCCUCAUGAUCAACCAAAGAGGAGAAGAAGAAGAAAGCAAAAAACAAAGAGAACAUUAAAACCCAACAACGUUCAUGUAGAACAAGCAGAACUAGAGAAACAGCAGACUUUCCCACAGGAAACAUUGCAGCCACGUCACACAGGUGACCCCACAAUGAGCAAAAAUAAGAAAAGGAAACUGAAAAAGAAACAACAACUGAGAAGGAAGAAAGCAGCCGGCUUACUCACGAAAGCCUCCGGCAUCAGCUUCCUGUACGAGCCCAGGGAGGACGGCUGCGAGCUGAGUGACGCGGGCGAGGGGGCCCCGGGGGACGCGGGGGACUCUGAGGCCGAGGAAGCCAGCGCGGACGUCCAGGAGAAGGCAGACGGCAUCCUCGAUUUUUUGAAGUCCACACAAGAGAUGUAUCUUUAUGAUGGCGUCUCCCAUGACCCCGACCCGGCCUUCCUGGGCGCCGCCGAGGCGCUGUUUACGGGCCUGGAGGCUCGCAGCGUGUGCGCCGCCGACCUGCUGGGCCUGGAGCAGCUGAAGGCGCUGCUGCUCCUGCAGGAUCCGGGGAGGCUGCAGCGCGCCCUGCAGGCGUUCGCGGAGCACUGCGCCAUGCCGCCAGAGGGAAGUUCCCAGGGCCCGGCCUCCCGAGACGGGGGUGCCGCGCUCUCCCAGCUCCAGCUCCAGCGCUGGAAUUCGGCCGGCUUCUGGCCAGCGUGGGGUGCUUCGCGUCGGUCUGUGUGUGGUGUUCCGUGGGCUCGGACACCAGCUCGGACGCCAGCUCGACGUCAGGCUCGUCCCACUGCCUGGGGGCUCACGCCCAAGCGGAUGAAACAGCAGGCGUCUGUCCCUCUGUCUGCGGAGUCUGUCUGUCAUGCGGCAUCAAGACCAGGCCGGCGUGGUCUCAGCUCUCUUCAAUUACUGGGCCACACACAUGUUCCCCGAGCGAAGCCGGGAAGGGGGCCGGGGCCCCUGGCUGCCGGGAGCUGGGGCCCCACAGGGAGCCUCGGGCAGCCCGGGGGGCCCGGCCGGGCGCAGAGAGGAUGGCGCUGCCUGAACCGCCCUCGUGCCCCACGCGGCCCGCGCGCCUGCUCUGUCGUUCCGCCUGCGCGAGGGGACCAGGUCGUCCGAGACUUCCCGGGACCGCGGGGAUAGAGUGGAGCCUGCACUUUUGAAAACUGCCUUUGUCUGGAAUGACUGCUCAGGGGUUCUGUUCUUCUAAUUCCUGUGAGAAUAAAAAAAUGUACAUUCUGUUACGCUGGAUAAACUGUAUAGUUUGAAGCUGGUGCGUAUUUUUAUAAAGCUUUGAACCAC